GCGCACAAAACCUCUUGUAUUUUCAACCCGGAUGCUGAUUUGUGCCAUGACGGUCCUGCCCAGUGCGCAGCGCUGUGGGGAUGUUUCAGUACCCUUGAAGCGGACAGCUCUCCCCGGAUCCACACGCUCCUGAAACGCCGGGCUCCGCAUCCGAGUCCUGGAGGGCAGCGCGGGGGGAUCCUGAUUCACAUACCCGAGACAGGGGGAGGGUGUUCCCGCUACGUUAAAGGCUUACACCUCCCUGCUCUUGCAAAAAAAUCGUGACCACUCCGCACGCCGCCGUAGUGGACGGGUGAGACAGAGGGAGGAAGGGGGGGAGAGCAUCACCACAGAGAGGAGGAGAUGGCGGAGUGCGGCCGGAAGGCGCUGUCCCUCCUGGAGGCGGCCCGGUCCCGGUACGAGAGCCUGCAGAUAUCCGACGACGUGUUCGGAGAGUCCGGGGAUGACAGCAGCGACAACCCCUUCUACAGCACCUCCGGAGACUCCGACUCCGACAACUACAUCGCCGAAGUGGGCGAGGAGGAGCAUCCGCAGCAGCAGCACCACAAGCGGGGCGACAAGGAGAGCGGCCACGGCGGGAGCAGCGGAGCCGGUCCCCCGGGGUCUCUGUCCCGGAGCCAGGCGGAGGAGGAGGGCUGGACGGAGGGUCUGCAGGAUGUCACGGUGCCGCCGUACAAAGACACAUACGGCCCCGCUCAGAAGAUGCCGGCCACCGCCACAGCCUUGGACUUUUUCCAGCUCUUCGUCCCGGACAAUUGCAUCCAAAACAUGGUCACCCAGACCAACAUGUACGCCAAGAAGUUCCAGGAGCGCUUCGGCUCAGACGAAGGCUGGCGUCCCGUCACGACCCAGGAGAUGAAGGCCUUCCUGGGCUUCGUCACCUCCACCAGCGUGCAACGCUGCGAGUCGGUGCUCAGCAUCUGGAGCUUGGGCUUUUUCAGCAACCGCAGCAUUGCCUUGAAGAUGAGCCAGGCGCGCUUUGAGAAGAUCCUCAAGUACUUCCACAUCGUGGCUUUCCGGCCGUCGCAAGGAAGCAACCAGGGCCUGUACAAGAUCCAACCUUUCCUGGACUCACUGCAGCAGUCGUUCGGCUGCACGUUCAGACCUUCUCAGACACAGGUUCUUCAUGAGCCCUUGAUAGACGAGGAUCCCGUGUUCAUCACCACCUGCACGGAGAGAGAGCUGAGGAAGAGGAAGAAGAGGAAGUUCAGCCUCUGGGUUCGACAGUGCACCUCCACCGGAUUCAUCUGUCAGAUCUCAGUCCAUCUGAAGGACGGCCAGGGCACAGACGGUCUGGCCACCUUGAAGAACAAGCCUCAGCUCCACAGCCUCGUGGCCAAGCAGCUCUGCCAGAACAUCUCCGGCAAGAACACCAUCAUCUUCACCGGGCCGUCCAUCACGAGCCUCAGCCUUUUCACUGAAUUCAGCAAACAAGACAUCUUCUGCUGUGGUCUGCUGAGCACCAGGAAGAGCGACUGCACCGGCUUACCACAGAGCAUGCUGGUCUGCGGCUCCACACCGGCGCAGCGCGGCCAAUCACGGGUCAUGAUGAAGGGCGGCAUGUCGCUGAUCAGCUGGUACAACAAGGGACACUUCAGGUUCCUCAGCAACGCGUACUCCCCAACUAAACAAGGUUUGAUCAUCAAGAGGAAAAGUGGGGAGAUCCCAUGUCCUCUGGCUGUCGAGGCCUUUGCGGCGCACCUCAGCUACAUCUGCAAAUAUGACGACAAGUACAGCAAGUACUUUAUCUUCCACAAGCCCAACAAGACCUGGCAGCAGGUCUUCUGGUUGAGCAUCAGCAUCGCCAUCAAUAACGCGUACAUCCUCUACAAGAUGUCGGACGCCUACACGGUCGAGCGCUACAGCCGAGCACAGUUUGGAGAGAGACUGGUCAGAGAGCUGCUGGAUCUUGAUGACUGCUCCCCCACACAGUGAAGAGGAGGAAGAAGAGGAGGAGGAGGACAACGGGAGCGCAAAGCAAAAAUACACACACACACACUCAGACACACACUAACACAAUCCCCACACAUAUAUUUACACCCUUCAUUACGGUUGUACAGACUCCGCCGUCUGUGUCAAUGUGAUAAUACUGAAGCAGUGCCAAGCCUGUGUUGUGUCUCUCUCCCUCUAGUUGUUUUUUGUUGUACUGCGAAUAAUCAUUAACUCACAGCGACACACUCACACAUUAGAGAAUUAUGAGCCAUGGGACACCCGCCUCAGCUGCAACUUUCCAACACACACAUUUACUGAGGAUUCAUCAGCAGGAGCAGUUUCACAAGCAGACGAAGGCAGGAACAGUGACACCGGGAAGAAUUCACCGUUAAAUGAUGUCAGCAUCAAGUUUAAACUCUUAUCAAAGAGGGAAGUUAUUGGCGUGAGCCUGAAUCUCCUGUGUGACUCUUUAAACACAUCAGGCUAGAAGGCUACUUGAUAUAUAACACACGCGACCCUGUAACUAAAGCUUAGUAAACCAGGACUAUGGUGUGUUCACACGCUGCAUGCGUAAAGAAUCUGGAUUGUGAUGUUCUCUUGUUCGAUGUGAAAAAUGAUUUCUGCUCCAGGUGGGUGUUUUUUUGUUUUUUUGUUCGUGUGUAUUUAUUCAGCAAGUUGGAACUGCCAUUUGUGUGUGCGACUUUGAGCCUGAGGAUGUAUUUGUACGGCUAUUGUGACCCAAAUGUGUCGUGUUGCUGCAUAACGUCCUCGUCAGGUGAUGUAAAGCCACACCCAGCAGUGUGCCGCCAAUUCACAGAUUCUCCUUCAGAAGAGAUAGAAAGACAUUUUGUUUCAGAUGUCAUGAAACCCCUGAAAAGCUCAUUUUGGGGAAUUUCUCUAAAAUGAGGGGGAACCGUUUUGUUUAUUAAUGAAAUGAUCAAAAUCUGAAUCCCCAUCGCUCAUGUUGAGAGAAGCUGAAAAAAUUGGUUUUGAAAAAUCUAAUCUAAAACCUACUUUUGUACCAACGACACUUUUAUUGCCAGAUAAACUUGUGGUAUUUGCCUGUUUCAGGACUUAUUGCUAUGCAAGCUAACUGUGCUUUGGCUUUGUUCACGAUCUCCUUGAUUGGAUGUUCAGUGAGCCUGCGUUGCUAGGCAACAAGUGCAUAUCUUGGCCAGUGGGCCGGGGUUUGGACAAAUAACGUCGCUUGGCAAGAUUUACAUUCCAAAAAAGUAAAAAACGAAUCCCUGGUGGUUUAUGAGCUGUCCCAUUAAAGCAACAAAUCAUAACUUAGGAAAAAAGGCUUUGGGGUAAUAUUGUUGUACAGUGAUUUGCUUCCUCACCUCUGGUCUCAUCAAAAAAGCAAAUUAUUCAAUGAUUAAAAACAUGCACUUAUUUUAUCAGCACAUUUGCAAGAUGUAAUACCAGAGGACUUAUGGACUUUGAAGAAUAAUCAGUUUCAACCACUGUAUUUUCCUGUGAAAUUGAAGCACGAAUGCCUUUCGGACAAUUAUUAGCGUGAACGUUGUCUUCUUCCAGUGACACAUUUCUUGUCACAUAACAAAUUUAGAUCUUCCCCCUCUUGUCAGGCCGAUAAAAGUGUGAGAGAGGAACUCAACUCACUCCCUGUCCUCAGCCCACACUGCUGUCUGUAGCUUUAAAGAGGAUUUGAGUCCAAUUUGCUUUGUCAUGCGGUCGACAUGUUAUCGUCACGCUGGAAUCAAGGUAUCGAUGUGCGCUUGCUCCGUCGGCAUGGUUAGACGUGUGAAUACGUGUUGCAGUACGACGACGGUCUCUACGCUGGCAGAGCCGUGUCGUUGAGUGAUAUGUUGGCAGGACUCAUGCACUUUCCCACGUCACAGUCUUGCACUUUUGAGGAGAUUUGUAAAGUUGGCGACAUGUCUCUCUUAGAUGACCCUUUGAGUUUUGGAUUUGAAUCCGAUGAUAGUAUGCACUGCUCUCAGAAGAAUGAAGAAAAUAUAACUGUACGUAGGUAAAUGAGAUGGAUUAUAUAAAAUGACACCGAUGAAAUAAAACUGAACAUUAAUGACUAUAACCAAAACGUUGAAAAGAUCUCCACUGUAGAUUUAGAGUAUAAGGUCGAGUAUGUCUGUGUAUAUUUUGUUAAAACUGAGUGUAUGUCCAUUGUCACUCUGUCACUGAGACUCAAGAUUGUGAUUUUCUUUUUUACUUUUUCACUAAUCCAAAGCAUUGUUGUUGUCAUUGUUGCUCUUGUGUGUAUGUGUGUGCGUGUGUGUGUGUGUGUGUAUGUGUCUAAUCACUGUUCACCUUGAAGUAACACUGUUAGUCUUAAAAGACAUUCCCUGUUAUGUCAUGUAUUUGUAAACCGAUGAUUUUAAUACACUUAUUUGAUGCCGACAAACUACACGCACUCGUAAUAAAUUGAUUGGGUCAUAUUGUGAAACUGAAAAUACACCUGUGGCCAUUGUGGAAACAUUCAGCCCCUGCACUUUGCAUAGAAGUAGAACUAUAUUGGUAAUUAAAGUAGACACAAUUACCAAUAUAAUAAAAAUCCUUUCAAUUUCAAUAGGGCCUCUCACCUUCGGUGCUCGGGCCCUAAUUAGUAAUUUUUUUUAUUUUGUGCAUAAAAGAAACUAUGUAAAUGCUGAAAAUUCAAAAAAAAAAGCCAAAGACAGUAACCUUCCUUAAGAUAAGCAUGAAAAAAGACAUAAAAUCCAUAUUUCCAUCACAUUUUCUACAUCGUAUUCAUCCAUUGAAGUUUAUCUGGGGCUCUUUUAAUCAUGUCAUCUUUUGUUUUCUGCAGUGGCACCUGACUGGAUCAAUAGCGCCACCAGCUGUUUAACUCGAUGCUCCCAUCUCCUAAUAAUCACAUGUGUGGAUGGGAACGAACAUCUAUUUUGAUGUAAAUUCUUUAAAUCUUGCUGAAUAUAAACUUGACUGAUCUUAUUACAGAUAUCAACUAAAUACCUUGUUGAAUAGCAGCGUUUUACUGCCCUCUGAUUAUGGGUGUGGUCAGAAGCACCUUUAGCCACACCCACCAGUGAUGUCACCUUGUAGUGACACACCCUGGAGUACACUUGUUGGUCACAUUGGUCAUUUGUCCACACCCUCAGAUAUGACACGUGAGAGCGUUGGUUGUCAUGGUUACAAUAAUGAAUACUCAGAGAGUACUAGCAGUAGUGUACCAACCCUUCAUCACCACGGUUACGAUAACUACUACGAUCAAACUUGGGUAGCUUCCUUCAGCUAAGCUAAGUCCCUACUUCCUUAAACGUGAGGUCAUUUGUUGUCAUGGUUACAGAAAGAAAACAUGGUUAACGUUGUGGAUUGGUCAUGGACGAAAAAAGCAACAAAGACUAAUCUAAACAAUCUCCUGUAUGAAAGUCCUGUGUUUUGUUCACACAUCCAUCAAACCAUCCCAACCUCAAGCGAUCAUGGACUCUUUUGCCUGACAUCCACCUUUGCUCCUGUCAUAAUUACUAUAGCCGCUAGAGGUCGCCAGAUAAGAACAUUUAAUCAUCGUGCUUAUAAGCUGCUGCACAGAUGACUUAGAAGCUUGUGUACGUACAUGAAUUAGAGUAGCACUCAGUAGAGCGCAUACCUCCACCACCAGUCCUCUAAAUGCCCGUGAAUUAUUCCCCGAGAAAUCAAGAAAUCUAUUGAAAUAAAUCUCACAAUGUUAAAGAAAGUGAAAAAAGAAAUAUCCAGGAUCUGCCCCCUGAUUCGGAUCCACACCAAAAUCUGAUGGGUUCUUCCAUGACCCACAUCCAUCCACUAAGUUUCAUGGUAAUCCAUCCUGUAAGUUUUUAUGUAAUCUUUUUUACAAACAAACGGGGGUGAAAACAAACUCCUUGGCUGAGAUAAAUCCAGAAAAUAUGAUGUUGCAUCAAAAGGCUUCCAGUGCAGACUGUCCAGUGAUAUUUAGGAGAUUACUAAAAUAUCAACGAAUGCUUGUGACAGUCCCUGAGUUAAUUUUCCAUUUGGUUCCACCAGUUUAACACACGGAGAAAUCCAUCACACGAAGGCAGACAAACCAAUUUCUCCACUAAAGACCUUGAUACAUGCAUGUGUAGCUGCGUGUUGCAGGCUGAGUCAGGGACAUAGAUGCUUUAAUCAGAGUGAAGCAGAAAUAAAAAUGUGAAAAAGUCAGCUCUUCGAAGUAAAAUAACGUCUGGGACUGCACAUACAGCUAUUACACAGACUUUAGUGUGAAUUUGUCCUGUCAUGCAUGAAUAAAAAUGAACGUGUGGGAUUUCUGCAGGUGUGUGUGUGUCAUCCACAGAGUUUCUGUAGUGUUUCUAACACUCAGACCACAAAUGAGAACAAAUUAUGCAGCAGGGAAUCUGCAAGGCCACUGUUACUUAGCAACAAAUUAUAUAUAUGAGUGUUCGGCGUGUGAGAGAGAGGAAAAAAGGGUAUUUGAAGUUUUUCUGGUGAUAAGGUAAAAUUGUUAUCACCCCAGUUGGAGAGGAAGCCGAGGGGCUUCUCGUGGCCUCCGUGUGAUCGUCUAUCAUCUAACAGAAGGACAGAGGUUCCUCCCUGUGAGGCUUUAGUUCAUUUAGAGGAGAGUUAUAUUUCAGGACAUGUAAAUCAAAAACACGUUGAGGUGAUUUAGAAGAAUUAACACAAUGAUUCUGUGCAGUUUUCUCUGAUGAACCAGAUAUUUGUUUUGUCCCUUUUCAGUUCAUUUCAGUGUUUUUAGAGUUUAUGCGAAUGCAGAGGAGAUUAGAUUAAGAAAACAGGUCAUAACAAAAUUGAUACAGUAUCAAACUCCUUUCGUGCAUGCUGUGAAUAAUAGAGGCUAGAGAAAUAAAUCACUGCCUCUAUAGAGAUUACGAUGCUGAGGAUGUUUUAUGAAGCCUUUGCCCUUGUUCCUCUGCUGCAAUGACUCAUUUCUAGUGCGACUGUGAGUUUUUAAAACACAUCUCAAAAACACAGAUCCAGAUAAAACUGUGCAUACUUGGUAAUUCUAUCUGCACAUAACAAAUGAUAAGGGUAAAAAUUCCCUGUGACUGGUGUUGGUUUCGUUUUUGUUUACAUUGACUGUAUAGGAAAUGUGUGGAUGUGCGAGGACCCCGAAAAUCAGUAAUUUUGAAAUUCUAACAGCAAAUUUAGCUUUAAAACAAAUGAAAAUAUUGACCCAAAAAGUUAUGUUACUUUAAUGGAUCUCACUUUUUUUUAAAAACCUUGUCUUUUUACAAACAGCCGAGGUGACAGAUGCAUUCCAUUCAUGCCCAUUCAUUUGUGUCAGACGUGCAAAUGGGAGUAAACAAACACAGAUGGGAAGGAAAUAUGGACGUUUAAUCUUUCAUCGAGUUUUGUCAGGCGAUUGAUGAUCUGAAAUCUUUAGCUGCUCAUCAAAAAAAUAUUACAACACUCACUGUCAGUGGCUCUGUGGUGACGAAGUCGUGUAUAUGAUGAUGUCCAUGUGGUGUAAUGUAUGUGCCAUCUCUGUACAGUGCUUCAUGUCGUUAUGAGUGACACAGUUGUCAUAGUUAAAGAUAACUAAGAUCAGCUUUAGAUGUGACAAAGAACUAAAAUGGCUGACCUCAGGGCUUCAUUACUAACUGCUGUACAAUAUAUAUACAUACUUCAAUCAUAAACCUUACACUAAAUGGACUUAAAUAACCGUAACAGGUGCUAUUAAACUACUGUAAGAUAAUAGUAGAAUUAGACGUUGGCCUCGGAAAAUAAAUAGUUAACACCAGGAUCAUAUAUUCAAAAAGUCAUGCCAAUAAAGACAAAAGAAGUUAAAGUUUUCUAGAAAAAGUGUCAGAAAUAUCAGUAAUAGCAGAAACCCAGAUCAGACUGUAAUGUCCAAGCAGUAGAACUUUUUUCUCUUCAUAUGAUUCUGGUUUGUAAUGGCGGAUACAGAACGUUGAAGUGUUGUGUAGUUUCACAGGAGGCUCAGAAUGAUGUAUGUGUGUGUGUAUGUGCAUGUGAUGUUAAAAUUGGGUUGAGUCAAAUGUGUAAAAGUUACUGGUGUGUGCUGGACCAAAUAAUUUUAUAAAAAUGUGUGUGGCCAUGAGUUGUACAAGGUUGUCGUGUAAAUGUGUCCCCAUUAAAACUCUUGGAGAAGUU